AAAAAUUUAUAGUAAAAAUUUCAAUUUGGCAUUAGUAACUAACGGUAGUGUCAUGAACUUCCUGCGACAAACAUUCAACGUUACGAAACAGUUGUCACAAAAAGUGCUCAACAUCAACCUGCUGCAGUCUAUCCAAAGUGGGAGCCUUUCCGAACCGGUCUGCCGCAUGGCCUCGCUAAACCAAAUGCAUCGCACUGGCCCACACUAUAAAACGCGACCACCGCGGCAACCGCUAGAUGGAAAACCUUUCGCCAAGGGCGUUGUGCUGAAGACACUCAUCAAGAAGCCGAAGAAGCCCAAUUCGGCGAAUCGUAAAUGUGUGCUAGUGCGCUUAUCAACAGGCAAGGAAAUGGUCGCUUAUAUACCUGGAGAAGGGCAUAACUUACAAGAGCAUAACAUUGUGCUAUGUCGUGUAGGACGUUGUCAGGAUGUACCUGGUGUAAAAUUAAAAUGUGUGCGCGGCGUUUAUGAUUUGCCGCAUGUUAUCAAGAAGUAGCGUUAAGAGAUUGAAGCUAUUUCGUUGAAAUUAUUGAGUGUAUAUAAAUAAAGAAACAAAAUAAAAAUAUCCUUUAACAAAGUAAA